UCAUGACGUAUCGAGUAUUGUUGAUAACACUCUUAGUAUAUAGCAUAAAUUGCAAUGUAAUAAUUAGAACAGAUGCAAGAUGUGUUUGUAAGCAAUGGAAAUUAGCACUUGAAUGUGCAAAUGAUUAGGAUUGCAUCUGGAAUAGUAAUACAAAGACUUGUGAAUAAGAAGAAUGUUCAAGCAUAAAAAGUUAAUCAAUAUGUUCUGCUGAUGAAGGUUGUUAAUAUAGAGAUGGAAAAUGUGAGAAUUUUACAAAGUGUGAAGAUCUGAAAGGCAAAACUAUUAAUGAGUGUAGAUUUAUGUCAACAAAUUGUAGAGAGAGUAAUGGUGAACAUUGUUUACCUAAUGCUCUUGAAAGGAAAUGUUCAGAGUUCAAAAAUGAAGGUGAAUGUCUAUAAGGUUAGGAUGGAUUUUGUCUAUGGUUAGAAUCAAAAUGCAUUUUAUGGAGUAAUUGUGUUUAAGCAAUAACAAAAAGUUAAUGUGAAAUGCUUCCUUAAAGUUGUGAUUGGUCAGAAACAUUAAAAUUUUGUCUUUAGAAAUAAUGUUCUGAAAUAGAUCAUGAAUAUGAUUGUAUAGCAGUUUAAGAAGGACCUAAUAGUCAUUUAUAUUAAGUUUGUGAAUGGAAUUAUGUUUUAAAACAAUGUGAAUCAUCAAUUCCAGAUAUACUGACAUUUGAUACAUGUGCUAGUAACACUUUACAAGCUUAUCAUUGGUCUAGUUCUAAUGCAAAUGAAGGAUUUUGUGAAUAAUGUUUAUCACCAAAUGUUUAAAAACCUACUCCAAAACAUUGUUUAUGCAAUUCAAUUUCAUCUUAGACUGAUUGUUAAUAAAAUUAAACAUGUAUAUGGAAAGAUGGUGAAUGUGAAGAAAGAAAAUGUACAGAAAUUGAUCCUCCUUAAGCUUGUAUUUAAUAAGAACAUUGUGCUUGGUUUUCUGGUUCUUGUGUAGAAUUCACUUAAUGUGAAAAUUAUAAAGCAUUCUCAAAUUUAGAAUGUUAAUCAAUAAAUAAAAAAUGUUUAUUAUCAGAUACAUUAGAAACUUGUACUUCUAAAUAUUAAGAAUGUAAAACACAUAAAACUGAUGAUAAAUGUAAUGGUAGCAAAGAUUCUAAAAAUGAAUAAUGUUAUUGGGAUGAAAAAACUAAUACUUGUUAAGUUUGGACUCAAUGUUCCUAAUAAAAAUAAGCAACAUAUUGUGACUAUAGUGGAGCUUGUUUAUGGGAUGGAGAAUGUAAGUAAAUUACAUGUAAAUUAUUAAAUUAACAUUCAUGUACUCAUUAUUUGACAUCACCAAAUUCUAAAAAUUGGAAAUAUUGUAUGCUCUUAGACACUUGUUAAGAUUUAAAUCCUGAUUUGCUUAGCAAAGAUGAGUGUUAUGCUUUCUCUUAUGGAUUAAGUACAUGGAAUUCAUCUGAAUGUUAAUUAUGCAAAUUUCCAGAUGAUUAUACAUCAAUCCUAUCAUUUAUUGGUAUGAUUAUUAUAACAAUGUUAUGAUUU